AUGGUAAAUGUUUCAACCAAACCUUCAACCAUUCGUACUGCAGUUGCCAUAGGAAAAAUUAGAAUUGGUUGUGAAGCAUUUAAGCUUGUUUAUGCCAAUUCAAUGAAAAAAGGUGAUGUCUUAACAGUUUCUCAGAUUGCAGGAAUUAAUGGAGCUAAACAGACUGGAUAUAUUAUUCCCCUUUGUCAUCCUUUAUUACUUUCUCAUAUCUCAGUUGAUUUAAGAUUAGAAGAAAGUGAUUAUUCAAUUGAAAUUAUAUCAAAAGUUGAAUGUGAAGGCAAAACUGGGGUGGAAAUGGAAGCACUUACUGCAGUUAGUAUCGCAGCUUUAACGGUUUUUGACAUGUGUAAAUCGGUUACUAAAAAUAUGGUAAUUGAAAAUUUGCGAGUUAUUCACAAAACUGGUGGAAAAAGUGGAAAUCUUAAUAGUGGCCCUUCAAAUCCAAAUUACAAUCCAUUGUCUAAUAAGUCAACACCAAUUAUUUGA